UAACAUUACCACUGUGCUGCAUUAUUUUCAAUAUCACACUAUCCCAUGGCGAUUGUCUCACAGAGAGUAGUGAUGUACUCUGUAAAAUUAUAUCUGUCAAACAUUUGGCAAAUCUAAGGAAAACUUUGAAAGAACGUCAUGAAACCUGAACAAUCAAUACUCAGAGACAAGUUUAAAGCUAUUACAAGAGGGUAAGCUGAAGCAGAAUUUGAAGAUAUUCGUUUUAAAAACCUGCUGAAAAUAAACCGUAUUUCCGUAUUUCACUGAAUAUUUAGUUUUCAUUCUUCCCAGGCUUCUGAACUGUGUGCUUCCAAAAUGUAAUGGUCGUAGCUUUAUACACAAAGCUCAACAUGUGUUUUGUAGAGCUGAAGUUUUAAUCAGUUCGAAAUUUUGUUAAAGGCGCCCCAAUGAUAUUCAAGGGACCCCGAUAUUUGUAAAAUAUGAUACAUAAGUAAAUAACUUAUUUCUCCAAUGUAAUUUUUUUAGGUAACCUAUCAUUAGAAUUAAAGUGUUUUAUUACCAUGUUAUAGUCUUUCUAAUCCUAACAGCGUGGCUAGGGUCUCCAGAGUUUGUUUUGCUUCGGCAAGAAAAAUGCGACUGUUAUCCUUUUUGGCCGCUUUCGCGUUCCGUCUUAUCCCACCGUCCUGUACAUAUCAAAGUUCAUGUGCGCCCAGGUUGAUUCUUGACCGGAGGAUCCUCAGCGGCAACUCCUCAUGGCGGAAGUCUAUUAUGUUGGGGUUGAUGUGGGUACUGCCAGUGUGAGGGCUGCCCUGGUGACAAGAGAGGGGCUCCUGAAGACCACCGCAGAGGAACCCAUCACCAUCUGGAAGCCCCAGCCGGAGCACUACGUCCAGUCCUCCACAGAGAUAUGGCAGAAAUGCUGCUCAGUGGUCAAGGAAGUGAUCAAAGAGGUGCAAAGCGACCAGGUCCGGGGCGUCGGCUUUGAUGCCACCUGCUCUCUUGUAGUUUUGGAUGAAAGCUUCCAGCCUGUGCCAGUCACUCAGGAUGGCGACCCGCAGAAGAACGUGGUGAUGUGGAUGGACCAUCGCGCUGCGGAGCAGGCGGAUCGGAUAACAAACACCGGACACAGGGUCCUGAACAGGGUGGGAGGGGUCAUGUCGCAGGAGAUGCAACCUCCGAAGCUCCUCUGGCUGAAAGAGAAUCUAAAGGACAGCUGCUGGAACAAAGCCGCUCACUUCUUUGACCUGCCGGACUUCCUGUCUUGGAAAGCUACGGGCUCCACAACGAGGUCUUUAUGUACUCUAGUGUGUAAGUGGACAUACUGUCCUUCCGCUGGCUGGGAUUCCAGCUUUUGGACCAUCGUUGGACUGGAGGAUCUUCUGGAAAAUAAUUUCUCCAAAAUAGGCAGUGAGACGUGUCCUCCAGGAAGUCCUCUGGCAGGAGGCCUGACCCCGCAGGCCGCAGCAGAUCUGGGUCUGAACCCAGGAACAGCAGUCGGCGCUUCACUCAUUGAUGCUCAUGCCGGAGGCUUAGGUGUUGUAGGCGCUGAUGUGCAAGGCUUCGAUUUACCCUGCGAGGGUUGGCCAAUCACGACGCGCAUGGCGAUGAUCUGUGGGACAUCCACUUGUCACAUGGCGAUCAGUGAGCAGCCUAAGAUUGUGCCUGGAGUGUGGGGACCCUACCUGUCCGCCAUGGUGCCAGACCUGUGGCUUAACGAGGGAGGACAGAGUGCCACAGGAAGGCUGGUCGACCACAUUGUGAAGGGCCACGCUGCUUACGCCGAGCUACAGGAACAGGUUAACCAGAGAGUUCCCUUCACAGGCGCCGACGUUUACCCGUAUCUGAACAGCCACUUGGCUCAGAUGGCCGGCUCACCACCUGAUGUGGACCUGCUGGGAUCCAGCAUUCACGUGUGGCCGGAUUUCCACGGCAACAGGUCGCCGCUCGCUGACCCCACUCUGAAGGGAAUGGUGAUUGGUCUGCCUCUUUCCCAAACCGUGGAUGACUUGGCCCGGCUGUAUUUAGCUACGCUGCAGGCUCUCGCUCUCGGGACGCGUCACAUUCUGGAAUCCAUGAAAGAAGCAGGAUAUGACAUCAGAACCCUCUUCCUGUGUGGCGGUUUGAGCAAAAACCUCCUGUUUGUACAGAUCCAGGCUAGCGCUACAGCACUUCCUGUGGUGUUGCCGGAUCAGUCCGAGGCCGUUUUAGUGGGCGCAGCGGUUCUGGGCGCCUGUGCAUCCCAGGACUAUGGGACCAUACAGGAGGCCAUGGAGAAAAUGGCUAAAGUUGGGCGAGUCAUUCAGCCAAACCAGGAGCUCAAGAGUUUCUAUGACAGGAAGUACAAGGUGUUCCUGCAGCUGUUCUCCCACCAGAGGGAGUACCAGGCCCUCAUGAAGCACCGAUGAGACUAGCGAACACACUGGGGAAACUGCAGCAGAUGUCUUAACCUCGCAGCUCUUAUUAAUAUGAAUAAUUUCACUUUUUUUUUUUUUUUUCAUUUCGCCU